UCUACUCACCAGUCCAUCCCGACUCCGUUCACUCCGUUUUCUCGAUCCCCCGUCCGUUUCGUCGCGUUUCUCCUCUUUUCUUUUCUAUUUUGUGCUUUCUAGGGUUCCUCGAUCGCGCAUUUGGUCUCUCUUUUGAGUUUCCAGAUUCGGUUAGAGUUUAUGCUCUUUGAAGCUUGAAAGAAAGCAUCCAUAAAAAAUGCCUCAACGCAGCUUGACCCGUGCUCUCAGUGUUAGGGAGCGCAUUGGCGACUCCCUUUCUUCGCAUCCGAAUGAACUGCUGGCGCUUUUCUCAAGGUUUAUUCACCAGGGUAAGGGUAUGCUGCAACCUCACCAGUUGUUAGCUGAGUAUGGAGCUACCUUUUCUGAAGCAGAUAAGGAAAAACUGAAGGAUGGAGCCUUUGAGGAUGUUAUCAAGGCAGCACAGGAAGCCAUUGUUGUUCCUCCAUGGGUUGCUCUAGCUAUUCGACCUAGGCCCGGAGUUUGGGAAUACGUCCGGGUCAAUAUCAGUGAGCUUGCUGUAGAGGAGUUGACUGUCCCAGAAUACUUGCAUUUCAAGGAGGAACUUGCUGAUGGAAGUCCACAGAAUAACAACUUUGUGCUGGAGUUGGACUUUGAGCCCUUCAAUGCUUCUUUUCCUCGCCCCUCGCUGUCAAAAUCUAUUGGUAAUGGAGUGCAGUUCCUUAACCGUCACCUCUCUUCAAAGUUGUUCCAAGACAAAGAAAGCUUGUACCCCUUGCUUAAUUUCCUAAGGAAACACAACUACAAAGGCAUGUCCAUGAUGCUGAAUGAUAGGAUCCAGAGCCUUAGUGCCCUCCGGGCCACACUGAGGAAGGCAGAGGGGCAUCUGCUGAGUAUCCCAUCAGAUACACCGUACUCAGAAUUCCACCACAGAUUUCAAGAGCUUGGCCUGGAGAAGGGGUGGGGUGACACUGCCCAGCGCGUAUAUGAGACCAUCCACCUGCUACUUGAUCUUCUUGAGGCCCCAGAUCCGACCACCUUGGAGACUUUCCUGGGAACAAUUCCUAUGAUGUUCAAUGUUGUGAUUCUUUCUCCACAUGGGUACUUUGCUCAGGCUAAUGUUUUGGGUUAUCCCGAUACCGGUGGCCAGGUCGUUUAUAUUUUGGACCAAGUUCGUGCUUUGGAAGAUGAGAUGCUUCUAAGGAUCAAGCGUCAAGGACUAGAUAUCACACCUCGAAUUCUUAUUGUUAGUAGAUUGCUCCCUGAUGCAGUUGGCACCACUUGCGGGCAGAGACUUGAAAAGGUUCUUGGAACCGAGCACACUCAUAUCCUUCGAGUUCCAUUCAGAACAGAGAAUGGAAUUGUCCGCAAAUGGAUCUCCCGUUUCGAAGUAUGGCCAUACCUAGAGACAUAUACCGAGGAUGUUGCGAAUGAGUUGGCUGGAGAACUACAAGCCACCCCUGAUCUUAUCAUAGGCAACUACAGUGAUGGAAAUCUAGUGUCGACUUUGCUUGCACAUAAAUUGGGAGUAACCCAGUGUACUAUUGCCCAUGCUCUGGAGAAAACUAAGUAUCCUAACUCUGAUAUUUACUGGAAGAAGUUUGAGAAUCAGUAUCACUUCUCGUGCCAAUUCACAGCUGAUUUGAUCGCUAUGAAUCAUGCCGACUUUAUCAUCACUAGCACCUUCCAAGAAAUUGCUGGAAGCAAGGAUACUGUGGGGCAGUAUGAGUCUCACACUGCCUUUACUCUUCCCGGGCUCUACCGAGUUGUUCAUGGAAUCGAUGUCUUCGAUCCAAAAUUCAACAUUGUCUCACCUGGUGCUGAUAUGUCCAUUUACUUUCCGUACACCGAGAAGCACAAGAGAUUGACAUCCCUUCACCCAGAGAUUGAGGAGCUGCUGUUCAGCCCGGGAGAUAACACGGAGCACAAAGGUGUGCUGAAUGACACCAAGAAGCCCAUUAUCUUCUCCAUGGCGAGGCUGGAUAGGGUGAAGAAUUUAACAGGUCUGGUCGAAUUCUAUGGCCGGAACGAGCGGUUGAAGGAGAUAGCAAACCUCGUGGUGGUUUGCGGCGACCAUGGAAAAGAGUCCAAGGAUCUUGAGGAACAAGCAGAAUUCAAGAAGAUGUACGACCACAUUGAGAAGUACAAUUUGCAAGGACACUUCAGAUGGAUCUCAGCUCAAAUGAACCGGGUUCGCAAUGGUGAACUAUAUCGUUAUAUUGCCGACACGAGAGGAGUUUUCGUUCAACCUGCCUUCUAUGAAGCCUUUGGGCUCACUGUGGUUGAAUCAAUGACGUGCGGGCUGCCAACGUUCGCAACCGUGCACGGAGGACCUGGAGAAAUUAUAGUUGAUGGAGUGUCUGGCUUCCACAUUGAUCCUUACCAAGGGGACAAAGCUGCUGAAAUCGUCGUAAACUUCUUCGACAAGUGCAAGGAAGACCCAACUUACUGGGACAAAAUCUCCCAUGGGGGGCUACAAAGAAUUGAAGAAAAGUACACCUGGAAACUCUACUCCGAGAGGUUGAUGACUCUCACUGGAGUAUAUGGAUUCUGGAAGUAUGUCUCCAAUCUGGAACGUCGCGAGACUCGUCGUUACCUGGAGAUGUUCUACGCCCUCAAGUAUCGUCAGCUGGCCGAGUCGGUUCCUCUAGCAAUCGAGGGAGAAGCUGCUGUGAAUGGUGUCAAGUAGGCAGAUUUACGAGUCAAGGAAGCUCGUUUGCUGAAAUGACAUGUUUGUUUCCAAAUCUGAGAAUUCAGGAAAGGCUUUUGUCCCAACUUCUUUUCCAAUUUGUUGUGAGAAUUGCUGCUUAUCGAGUCGACGAGUUCUUAUGUUUGAUGUUUAAUAGUGUUGUGUAGUUGUAUCAUUCUGCAAUAAGAUCAGGGCUUCCUUUUCAUGGAAA